CCCCAAGAAGAGCCUUAACAAGUAUUGUUGUACUGUCACAUUAUGUAAGGGGUUAGGAGGAUUCCGCAACCAGACUUGUAGGGCUGGCUGAAGGGUGGGUUGAUGAUUCAGCCUUGGACCCGAGGGCCGGGUUUUCGUCCGAGUGGUGCUUGGGCACCAGGAUCGCAGGAUCCGUCUUCAGUAAUCCUUGGCCUGGGCCAAAGCUCGGUGAGCCCAUCGUCACAUAUAAUCAUCCCUACGAUGCGACCGUCGUACUCGCCUGGCUUCACACACAUUAACCCCCCUCCUUGGCUUGAACACGAGGCUCAAAGUUUGCUUCCACCACCACCAUGACCAUAACCACCGACCCCCCGAACCGUGCCUGGGGCACCAAGACAACCCCUGGCGAAGCCGGCCAAGCGGCCCUUAGCGAGACCGACGAGGUAUCCUGGGGCGAUCCCAGCCGGACCGGCACGGCGUUUGACUUUCGAACGGACGCCAUCACGACCCCCACCCUCCGGCAGCUCGCCGCGAUCGGGCGGGCGACGCUCAACGACGACGUGUUCGGCGAGGACCAGACCACCACCGCACUGGAGCGGCAGAUGGCCGCGACGUGCGGGCGCGAGGCCGCGGCCUUCGCCGUGUCGGGCACCAUGGCCAACCAGCUGGCGCUGGGCGCGCUGUGCCAGCAGCGCCCGUACGGCGUGCUGGCGGACGCGUCGGCGCACGUCGUCGGCUUUGAGGCGGGCGGGCUCGCUAGCCUGUCCGGUGCGACUAUGCAGCCCGUCAGGCCGGCUAAUGGUCUGCAUUUGACUGUGGGUGACUUGGAGGUGCAUGCCAGGGUGGAUGAGGAGGGUGGUGAGGGGGAGUUGGGGUUGCCGUGGACGGCCUGCCCGACGAGGGUGGUGAGUCUGGAGAACACGGCGCACGGGAAUGUGAUUCCGCUGGCGGAGCUGCGCGCGAUCAGGGAGUGGACGGCGCAGCGCGGCGUGUUGGUGCAUAUCGACGGGGCGAGGGUGUGGGAUGCGGUGGCUUCGGGCCGGGCCGGGACAUUGGCGGAAAUCGCGGCGUGCGCUGAUGUUUUGACGUUAUCGUUUUCCAAGGGGAUCGGCGCGCCGAUCGGGGCGGUGGUCGUGGGCUCGGGCGCCGUCAUCCGCCGAAUCAAGAGGCUGCGCCAGAGUAUCGGCGGCGGGGUUCGGAAGACCGGCUUGCUCGCGGCAGCCGUGCGGGAGGCGGUGCUCGAAAACUUUGGGCCGGGGGAUGUUGACGUGGGGGGCGUGUUCAGUGUCACUCAUGACAUGGCGGCGGCGGUGACGCGCAUGUGGACGGACCGGGGUGGGAAGUUGCUCCGCCCAAGUGAGACCAACAUGGCUUGGUUGGAUCUUGCGAGUGCUGGCGUCACGGCUGAGACAUUGAACGGCAUGGGUAUGCGGAACGGCAUCUUGAUCGCCGCGCCGCGGAUCGUUCUCCACCACCAGAUCUGUGCCAAGGCGUUGGUGAGCCUGGAGCAGGUGUUUGACGACAUACUGGUUCGGCGAAAGGUCGAAGGCGCGGACGGGCCGGGUGCGUUCGGCUUGAGGAGUAAAGGCUGUGUCCAAAACAUAUAAGAGGAGGACUUGCCAUGGUCGGAUAGCAUAAGUGCCACCAAACCUUCCUAUGUUCCAGCAUAUGAUGAGCAGGUAGAGUUCUUUAAUCAAGGCUUCAAUCACGGCUUCAACCGAUCCUCGGCCUUCUCCUCACCCACACCUCUUUCUCGCCGGCCUGGGUCUCGCGCAGCUCAACCUCCCAUACUUUGAGCUUGUAGUUCCCGCGGUCAGACCGGCCGGAAAAGAGGUCAAAGGACCAAUUGUGCUUCGGGCAAGUCAGGCCUGCACUGAGGACGAUACCAAAGUCCUCGAUAUCGAAUGGGGUGCCCUGCGAAAGCGGGAAAGAGGAAUGAGGGCAUUGCUAG